AUGAUUGAGAGAAAGCCAAUUUGUGUAAUGGAAGGAGAUGGUGUAAAUGAUGCUCCAGCACUUAAAAGGGCAGACAUUGCAGUGGCAGAUGCAAUAGAUGCAACUCGAGGUGCAUCUGACAUUGUAUUGAUCGAGCUAGGACUUAGUGUGAUUGUGAGUGCUAUUUUGGCUAGUAGAGCCAUCUUCCAGAAGAUGAAGAACUACGCCAUUUAUGUUGUUUCAAUCACGAUUCAUAUUGUGAUGGGGUUCAUGAUCAUUGCACUGAUUUUGAAGUUUGAGUUCUCACCUUUCAUGUCCUGA